UAUUUAUUCUCGUUGAAAAAUUAAACUUGCAAAAGAUUGAAUUACUUUUAAGUCAGUGAGCAUUAGGACCCAGUAAAAUCCUCUCAGUUUGUUAUAUAUUCUGUGAUUCAGCCAACAUAAAGCUACUCCUCCUGAGCCCGGCUUCGGUUUGUCUUUGGAUAAUUCCAACGUCAAUCCAGGAAAAUUGUUGUGUUCCAGCUGUACCUAGAAUCUGCAUUUCUCUAAUUAUUCAUCCUCAAAAUUCAUGGAAAUAUGUUUCAUCUGAUCUACAUUGUAUUGAUCUUGAUCUUGUCUGCUUCAUUCAGCACAGGUUCAAGCUCAUCAACAAGUGAGACAGAUUGGUCAACAGCUGCCUGGAUUGCAGGAGGAGCAGUUGCUGCUGUGAUUGCUGCCCCUGUUGUCGUUGCUGCUGCUGGUUUCACUGGUGCUGGAAUAGCAGCUGGAUCCUUAGGAGCAAAAUUAAUGUCAGUGGCUGCAGUUGCUGGCGGAGGAGGGGUAGCUACAGGUAGCUUUGUAGCAACCCUCCAGUCUAUUGGAGCUGCUGGACUCUCUUUUGCUGGUACUGCUGUCGUAGGAAGUAUCGGUGCAUUUGCUGGCUACGCUGGAAAAGCACUUUUUCAGGAUUCUGCAGAUGAACCCUAAAGCCCACAAGCUACUUUAAAGUAGAUACUUAGAAGGAAUUAGGCCGCUAGUCAGGAUUUAUUUGUUAAAUGAGGGACUGAAGCAAUAAUAUAGCAUAAGAUAAUAAGCAAUGAAGUAGCAAUUUGUUUUUAUCUGCUCACCAGUUUAUAGGUUAAUAAUUUCAAAAUACUUUUAAGUAUAGGUGUUUCUGUUCUCUUUCUGCUGUUUUGAUACCCCGUUAGCUAUCUUCUCAAUUAGAAGUGAGUUAAAAAAUCUUCUGUGUUGCUUUGGAUGUUGUUCCGUAACUGGUCCAUUCAUCAGAUGUGGAUAUUGCUGGCUUUCUAGCACUUUUGCCUGUCCUGAGUUUCCCUUGAGAAAAUGGUAGUGAUAGCAGCCUUCUUGAACUGCUGCAGUGCAUGUGCUGUAGGCACAUAGACCCACAUUACCCUUGGGGAGGGAAUGCAAAUAUUCAGAUCGAUGACUACAUUUCAUAGAAAUCGUAAGUGUCUGUGAUGCUGAAAUUGCCCCACUGAAUGUAAUCUCAAUGCUGCUGCAGUUCAUGACAAGAAUGAAGCUUGUCUGUCAGGAGUCAGGGUACUAUACUUUAAGGUUAUCUUUAAACUGUAAUAGUAUCGAUCUGUUGCAAUAUCUCCUCUUGUGCAACAAAUGGGGACCGAUCAUGCUUUUGUAAAGCCAUUUGGAAUGCUUUGUUACUCUUAAAAGUGUUACAUGAAUACCAGUUAUUGAUGACUUUAUUGUCAUAGAUCCCCAAUCACCCUACAGCUUUUCCGUAAUACUUGGGGAUAUAACUGGAUUUCCACGGGUUUCAUGAAAAGUAUGUUUUUGUGGAGAUGCGGGGAUAUUUGACAAAUGAAGCAUACAUCUCAAAGCACAAAUCUUAUGGCUGAUGUACAAGUCUCAAAAACUCAAUGUCUGUGAUAUCUUAUGUCAGAAUGAUUUGAGAUGCUAAACGUAUGUAUUGCCUCUACAAAUAAAAUCUGAGAUGGUGUUAAUAUCACAGUAACCCGAUUUCAGUCAACUUGUGGAGCCAAACAUUUAUCAAAAACUAAUAUAGCACUUGUUUUGGGAUUUAUUUUUCCCUUUGAACCCAAUGUGCUAACCAAGAUUUUGGGCUACUCUUAAAAUCUCCUUCUUUGGCUCUCAUGACACCUCAGCGGAACUUUGUGAGAUGUUUUCCAACAUUAAAACAUGUUGUGUAAAUGCAAGCAGUGGUUAUUGCAUUCUGUUUGACGAACAAUUUUAAACCUCAUAGCCGCUUCCAUUCAGAAAUCUUACCAUCUGGAGGCAACAUUUGUCCAGCAAUUUCUCUCACCAGAUGCAAGCAGCUCAUGGCAUCAUUUAACUACAGUUCAUUUCAAGCAGAAAUAUGAAAGAAUAUUUUAAUAAGUGAAACAAUGUUUGUUGCUGCUUUAUAAUCUUUUGUUCCUUUUAUGCUUCAAUUAAAAAUUUAUAUCUCGUGCACUUUAGUUUGCUCA